CGAAUGACUCUUAAGCCGAACUGCGUGGUGAGGACGGCGAGGUUCAGGCGAUGUGAUUUUGUGACCGAGCUUCCUGGUUUAAGUGUUGGUGUCCUCUCUUGACAACGUGAGGUGCAGCGGCCUACCACAUUGCAAUACAUCAUGAAUAUCCGCUGUGCAAAGCCAGAGGACUUGAUGCACAUGCAGCACUGCAACUUGCUGUGCCUGCCUGAAAACUAUCAAAUGAAAUACUACCUUUACCACGGCUUGUCAUGGCCACAGCUUUCAUAUGUAGCUGAAGAUGAUACAGGACAGGUGGUGGGAUAUGUCCUUGCAAAGAUGGAGGAGGAAAGUGAGGAAGAUCCACAUGGACAUAUAACAUCACUGGCAGUACGCAGAAGUCAUAGACGAUUAGGGCUUGCUCAGAAACUCAUGGACCAGACGGCAAGAGCAAUGGUUGAGUGCUUCAAUGCCAAAUAUGUUUCUCUUCAUGUCAGAAAAUCCAACCGAGCAGCUCUGAACCUAUACACCAAUACUCUCAAAUUUACAAUUUCGGAAAUUGAACCAAAGUACUAUGCUGAUGGAGAGGAUGCAUUUGCCAUGAAGAGGGAUCUUUGUUCAUUUGCUUUGCAGAAUGAUGUCAGUCCAGCAGAUUCAGGAACCUUCUUUGAUAAUAAAAAAAAUGAAGAGAAGGAUAAAUGAAAGUAUAUAUGUAUUUUUUUCUCAACUUCAGAUACAUAUGAAAUGUGUUUUAGAUUGAAUUUGUGAGUUUGCUCUGUGCAUAUUACACUAUAUUUUGUUUUUUCUUGAAUCCUUUGUUGAAUAAUUAAAGGUUGAGAACUGAUUCUAAAA